AUGGACUAUGCAACACUAUCCCGGCUGUUGGGUGGAGUGAUAUUCUCCGACGAGUACCGCGGAGACCUGGGGGAUAUCGAGUCUCGUUGUAUCGAAGAAGAAACCCGUCUCAUGGAGUCAGCUUCCGCGGAGGAUAGGCAGGCCGCUACAUUGCUCAAGGCAGCCCGUUUCAUCUUCGUUGGAAAUCUGCGGAAGGCCCAUGCAAAUCUUGAGCGACUUCUAGAUGAAGGCAGCCUGGAUCCACGGUUCAAAGCUCGUUGUUACGCUUACCGGUUUUACCUAGACUGCGUCAAGCGGCUGCCUCUUGUCCUUCGGUUUCGCCCUCAUUCCGGGGACUCGGCAUUCCUCCUCCUUGACUCUGAACUUCAACUUGUUGACCGCCUCAGGACUCUUGAAACUUCGAGACGGGAUCUCACUGAGAUGGAGUACCUAGAGUCCCUACUCCUCGGGCGCACUCUAGCACUCGACACCGCCCGCCAGGUGGCAUUCUCGGUACACCCUCAACACCCUCCCAGCAUUGUCCAGGAUACUGCACCACUGGAUCCGAGAACUCUCCUCGGCGAUAUCAGUAGCCUGCCCGUUAUUCUCCACCUGCCAACUACAAGGCUGUACCUCAAUCGAAUGGACCUUGAGCUGCGACUGGCAAGGGAUUCGCACGAGUCCCAGAGCAUGUUGGCGAAGCUCCUGCAUGCCUACGAAUCUGCCACAGAUCUGGACCGAAGGCUGGUCCAAUCUACCUGGGACGCGUCAGAGCAUUCAUUCCUUCUUCACGAUGACAAACGAGCCCAGGACCUUUACGAGGAAUCGGAAUUCCUGUAUGAAGCAGCCAACUGCCCUCGCGGUCAAGCUGCUGUUCUUCUCCGUCGAGGCUGUAUCCAAUAUGCGGUGGCCAUUUCCACUUCGGGCUCACGGACGCGCACAUCGGACUCGGACAGUCGUAUAAAAGCUUUUCAGGAAGCGAGCUGCUGUUCCGUAAGGGCAGCCGAGCUUUUCAACGGUGAUAUUGUGAGCAGUCUGCUGGUCCGAUGCCACCAGAUUCUCUUGGCUAUCAGCUCGCGAGAUAGCGGUGAGCUUGGGGACAACGUCAUGGAACAAGAGCGGGACUUUGUCAGCGCAUCUCGGGACCUAGGGUGCGAUGCUUAUGACACAAGCAAUAGCGGGGCGGCGCACUUCAUGGGAGUCUUGAUGCUACGAUUUGGGCGUUGGAGAUUCGUUGCGGACAAAGACGUCCGGACUGCCCUCGCUUGCUGCGCCUCGGCUCGGGCAUUGUUCGCAGGGGCAAGGGAGUCAUUCUUGGAGCUCCAAGCACUUCUCGCCCAUGCCAGUCUUUUGCACGAGUUGGGAAAGAUGGUACGGGCGGAGAUGAAAAUAAAUGAAGGUCGAGGGCCCGAGGGGCUUCUGGCUAGCGUUCUUGGUCGCAUCGCCAACACGUGCGACAGCUCAGACAAGACCAACGCACAGCGAGCUAUGAGAUUCAACACGAUCAAAGGUUUUGACCUGAUUGCCACUCGCAUCUACCAGGCGACGGGAAACUAUACCAUGCUCAAUGGGUGGGUGCACGAAAGAGACCGACUUGCGCCACUAGGAACCGGGACGGCUCAGCAGGAGAUUGAAGACCUAUUCCAUGGCUUUGCUUCACUGGCGCUCGGGUCACCCAACCACGACCCAGCGCCGCCAGGCGAGACAAACAUAGUCAACGAAAUCGUGUCGCCAUUACUCUCGCAAGAUCAACUGGUGGCGGAGUACAACCGCACAAUGAACAGGGUAUACGCCGCCUUGGAUGAUGCUGAUGUAGCGGAAUGGCAACGCCUUUUACGCGAAUAUGUGCGGCAACUUGAACACAGUACUACUGCUCUGCCGAGGGCGCCUCGCGACCAAAUUGCGGUAUACAAACUGAUCGCCUUAUCCCUGCUCGGCGACCCAGACGAAGCAAGGGCAACUUUGCCCACUGCCUUGCCCUGGCAGUUCACCAGGCCAACGGAUAAUGUUUCAUAUGACGUGCUGGAGGGGUUCAUGGUGGCACACGCGCCGCCACACAUGGCUCCCUGGAUGCGCCACCAGCAGGUGGCCGCUGCGGACCGAGCAAUAUCCUAUUGCAUUCUCGCUCGGGACUGGGUUCGUGGCGCCGAGGUGAUGUCCAGGGUAGUCGCUGCUCUGCCGGAGUUCAACGACCCACACUCUGUCGCGCUCGGGUCCAACACCUGCCAAACCCUAACCUUUAUUGCUUUGAUAUAUGAGCACAAUGAACAGCCUUUGAGAGCUCUGAAAUUGUACCUCUGUGCCCUUUCGCAGUUGGAGAGACUGGCCACUGCCGCAGAUGCCGAGGUCCGUCGCGGGUGUCACUCCUCUAUUCAUAGCGGAGAGUUAUUUGCUGGGCUAACAAGAGUCUGCCUUGCCCUGGAAAGGGACCGAGGAUCAGGUUGUUUGGGAUUGCCAGCUAUCAACCUUCCGCAGCACCACGGAUUGCCCGGUCCGUCGUGGACAGACCAGGCCCUUACCUUUGUUGAACGCGGAAGGGCUAGGGCACUGCUAGACUUUCUCGUGACGAAGGAGAACCUAGAUCCUAGAAAUGUCACGGAGUGGGCGGCUUAUGCACAGCGGACAUAUCGGGACCAUAUUCUCACUGGCGGAAUCGGUGACGGUAUGGCAUACGAUGAAGUUGCUGCGAGGCUCAGCCAGCGCGGAAGCAGAGUUGAAAUCAGGAGCGACGACGAUGUUCGUACCGCCCUGUCAAGAUUGGAGGCCGAGGAGCUUGCAUCAAGCUUCAUGUUCAAUCUUGCCAAGCCUGCACCGAGUGCCGAAGCUUUAUUCAAGAGCAUCGCCGAGGACACCGUUGUGUUCGAGAUAAGCUCAAGCAGGCAGGGCCUCACUGUGCUCGCUGUUACGCGAGAAGGCAUCAUUGCAAGUUACCAGAGUGACCCGACUGACAUCCAACUCCGGUCCCUCGUUCUGAAUUACACCAAAAUUGUGCGGGAGAGCGUCGGGGACGCAGAGGACGAGGAGGCUUUGCAACAUAUUGCUGAAACCAUAUCCAAGGAGAUAUUGGAGCCGCUCGGACACACAUUGCGCAACAACGAGGCUGCUGUCUUCGCCCCUUCACACACCAUGCAACUCUUCCCCUGCGCCGCUCUGCUUCUUAAUGGGACAUCCCUGUUCCUCCACAAGGUUGUCUACGUUAUCCCGAGCCUGUCGGUCCUCUCCCACCUUAUCGAUCGGCGCACAAGGAGGGCUGCUCCUACGACGGCCACACGGAGCACGGCCGCCAUCCUGGCUAGCUCUACGGCCGCAGGCGCAAGGAUGAGCGCAACGGAGCUAGUGAACGACGAAAGCGGGGAGGCGAUCCCGAUGAUCGGGCCCGAGGCGGCAAUGGUCGCGGACGCACUCGACACGAGCCCAGUGGACCUAGCAGCAUGCAGCAAUGACGAGCUACGGUCCAUCCUAGGAUCGUCUGAUAAUGUGCAUCUUGCUACGCACGGAACCGCCGUCUUCGAAUCUCCGUGGCAGUCCUAUCUCGACACCCAACCCCCGUACUUUCGGGUACUGGAUCUGGCCGCCUUGACGGACUGCGCCGCCCGCCUUGUAGUAUUUUCAUGCUGCUGGAGCGGAGCCGGUAGUGCAAACCCCGGCAACGACAUCAUUGGCUUCGCGCACGCGACGUUGGUAUCCGGCACCCAGGCAUAUAUAGGUGGCCUCUGGAGAACUGAAGAAAUGGCCUCGAUGCUCCUAAUGGUGCUUUUCUACCGCGAGAUUGCUUUGCGGCGACAACAGAAGCAGAACGUGCGUUUUGCCGAGGUGUGGAGGAGCGCCCAGAUAGCGCUCUAUCAUGCGGACAAGGAGUUUGUUCGAACACUUCUGGUUGAGGCCAAGAACAUCUGGAGCGACAUGCUACAACAUGGGGAGACGAAGCAUACCUUGGAGCAGUUUAAGCACUCGGAAAUGCCUCGACGCCUAUUUGCGAGAAUACAGUAA